GUCCCCACCACGGAGCGCUCUACCCCCGAGCUGGCCGGGGGGCCGGUGCCCAGGUGGCUGUUCCCAUGCAGUGCUACCCGGCUGUGCUGUGCCGUGCCGGGCUGGAUGGGGAUCUAUCGCCGUGGCCGGGCAGGAGGCGUUUCCCUGCCCCACGCUGGCUCCGGGCCAGGCUCCGAAAUGAGCUCCUUGCACCACACCGCAGCUGGGAGCUCCCACUCAGCCUCCCCGUGGUAUAAAACCCCUGAGCGCCGCAGCCCGCGCAGACCCAGGAGAGCCGUGGAGCAGCUCCCCAGGACCUCAGCGGAGAGGACGACCCCAGCACUGCUGCCACCAAGGACCCCGAGCCCCCCGGAGCAGCAUGGGCCAGUGCAACUGCCGCAAGAAGCGCAAGGACUGCCAGGAGCUGACUGACGUGGAGCGAGCCAUCGAGACAGUCAUCAACCAGUUCCACUGCUACGCAGUGAAGGGGCAGAAGGAGUACCUGACCCCCAACGAGAUGCAGGAGCUGGUGGUGCAGAAGCUGCCCCACCUAGGGAAGUGCGUGGGACCCCUGGAAGAGAAGAUCGAAUGCAUGGGAGACCCUGACGAGGCCAAGCUGGAGUUCGGGGAGUACUGGGACAUGAUGGGGGACGCGGCCAAGGGCUGCCGGAGGAAGUAGAAGGUGGCGGGGGAUGGGAAGGCGCCCGAGGCCUCAGGCUCUGCACCGAGAAGCGAGAGGCUGCUGGUCCCGGUGGGAUGCGCCUGGGAAACGCAGCGGAGCUCCCGCCGGGGCUCCAGUCCCUCCCCGCGUCCCCAGCCGGGGCGAAGGGACCCCCCCGCCCGGCUCCGCCCCUGCCCUCUCUCUGCUCUCCCUCCCGUCAGGGACCUCCCUUCCCAUCCCCAGCUCUGGCCCGUGCCGGGUGGGAAGGAGGUGGCAAGGGGGUUCCUGACCCCGGCUCCGGAGCAGCCUUUCUCCGUCCUUUGCUCCAGAGCCUUUCCCCUGGGACCGUCCCACCUCCAGCCCCCACAGCCCUCCGGUUGCAAGACCCCCAGCCCCGGAGCACCAACGCCAGUGGGACUUGGCUCCUUUCCCCCCAGACGCCUUGGACACAUGGGCUCAGCCCUCUGGCCCCUGCCCUGCCACCGCACGGGAGCCCCUCUGCCACAGCUCUGCCUUCGAGCACCUUUGGGGGGCACCCCGGGCUCCGAGCCAGCGCCCACGCCCCCGGGUGCGGCCCGGGUGCACUCCCUGCUCUUCUGCCGGUGCAGGGACCACGCUGCCCUGUGCCUGCCCAGGCUCUGGGGUGCUGCCCACACCUGCCCCUCUCUCCAGGGAUGCUGGUCCCUGGCUGGCUGCUGGGCUGGGGGCUGGGCUGGUGCUGGUUGUUCUCAGCUUGCAUCACUUGCAACCAUUUUUGUAUAA